AGUUUUGUUUAUUGUUGCAUGUACUGAGGUACAGUGAAAAGCUUUUGUUUUGUGCUAACCAGUCAGCAGAAAGCCAAUUUAUCCAUUUACAGUGUAUAGACAGAUGUAGAUGUAUAGAUUAACCUGUUCAUUCCUACUUUUAUCCUUUAUUCAGUCCUCUAUUCAGGUUAACAUAUUAUCCUAACCCUGUGAGCAUUUAUAAUGUAUAAGCAUGUCUUUAUGUGGCAGCCUUUCAUAUACCUGUUCAAAGUCAUAUGCCGUGCAUUUACUGGUUUUCCCCCUCAUCCCUUUAUUACAUCCUCAGAAUUUAUCACACCCUUUCAUAAAACUCUGAUUCUAUCUCAUUGUAUUAUGAUUUUCAAAAUGCUUUGUUGUCAUUUCCAGUAUUUCCUUGACAACCAGCAAAAAGCACUACUGCACUGCAAUGAGAGUUUUAGUAAAAUUGUGAUGUAUGCACAUUUUGGUUGGGAUGACUGCCAGGACCUCGCACAUUCUUUGCUGCUACUCCAAAGGCAUCCAAAUCGUCAAUAAACAUCGAGAUAGAACACCAUUGUCUAGCUGAGCAGUGCUUGGACCAGACUGCAUUCUCCACUACCAACUUCCCACAACUGUUACUGUCUCCGCCUUUUGCUCUUUGCUCAUCUGUAAUGUGAAAAUCAACAGGUGAAAACUGAAAUCUCUUAUUAAAGUCACCGAAGUAAGAGUAUUGAAGGAAAGAUAUGGAGUCAGGGGAGCGGUUGACAUCUACUUCCUCUGCGCCUUCUACAUCUUCUGCAUCCUCUACAGCAACGGCUUCGGCUCUUUCUAAGGGCAGCAUUUCUGCAGGAGCUGGAGGGUUCGGCUCCACAUUGUCGACCUGCGGGCAAAUGUUUCGAGCAGCAGCUGGAGAUCAGCCUUUCAAUUUGUCCGCAGUAUCGAGUGCCUUCCCAAUGGUUAACCAUGCAGCGUUUGGACUGCACACUACAAGCUCAGGGCGUUCAGAGUUUGGUGGCCUGGGAACAAUUGGUGCAUCUUCAGCCUUGGUGGGACACACACAACUUUCUUUUCCAGUUUUUUUUGAAGGUAUGAAUGGAUCAUUGAAUGGUAGCAGCAUCACAGCAGUAUCAGGAGUCAGCACUUCUGGAUUGGCUACCAUUGGAAUGAUUUCAUCUGGACAAACGCACAUGACAAUUUCUGGAAAAGGAAGGAAAUGCAUUCUUGAGCAAAGUAGACUUUCAGAAACUCCAUCAGAUAAGGUUAAAGAAAAGAAGCCCAGGAAGAAAGCAAUUGAAAGCUCCAGCAAUAGUGAGAGUGAAUCAGGCACGUCAUCAGAUUCUUCCAGUGAAGGUUUGAGCAGCAGUGAUUCUGACGACUUUGAUGAUGAUGACGAUGACGAUGAGGAUGAUGAUGAUGACGAUGAUGAUGAAGAUGAUGAUGACCACAGUAUUGGAGAAGAUAGUGAGGACGCUGAUUCAGAUUCUGAAACUGAAUCCCCACAUUCAAAGAAGACAAAGGGUUUGAUGCACACUAUGAAAGAGUCAAAAGAAAUGAGCCAAACUGCUUGUGAACUUAAAUACUCAUAUGAUAAAAGAAUGAACCAGCAUUUGCAUCUUGCCACAGAUUCUCAAACUUCACAUUCAUUCCAAUCCCAGCUGAAGCAACCUCCAGUUUUGUCGCAACUUUCCCUCAUUUUCCAGACCUCUCACACAAAUGAUGAGUCUGGCAAAAAACAGAGUGUCAUUCAGUCCACUGGGCUAACAGUUGGGAUGAAACCUGUGCCUUUGGUCUAUCAGGGAAGGAAAGAAUCUUCUCCAAAACCAGCUGGUGCUUUACCUGAACUUCUCAAGGCAGGGAAUUUAAGUGGUUCUGAAGAACUGGGGUCACCACAUGAUCUUCGUUUGAAGCAGGAGCUAUUUAAACAGUCAUUUCCAGCACAAUUAAAGAAACAGCAAGAGCAGUACAAGGCCCAGAAGAAGGCAGCAGCUGGUGGUAACAAGAGCUUCCAGACCCCUUUGUCUAGUCCAAAAUCUGCUGCUAGUUCACCAGCACACCAGAAGCUGCCUCCAGUUGAUGGUAACCAAUCAAGCCCUUCGAUAACAAGUGCACUUGUGCAGCAGCAACCUAACGGAGUAAUUCAGAGUGUCAUUCAGGAAGCCCCAUUGGCACUUACGACCAAAUCUAGAAUCCAAAUUAAGAAUACUGAUAAAAUUACAAACUCUGGUAGCAGUGUACCCUUUUCACCAAUUCUACUGGGUACUAAUUUAAAGAAUCAUUCUAGCAAUCACGUGACACCAGUUCGACAUUCUACCUCUCCUGUACUAUCCCAGAGUUCAGCUCAUGACAAAUCAGUGAGCAUUAAGAUCACUGCACCUAUUCAACAGCAACAGCAGCAUCAUUCUUCCAAGUCUUUGGCCGAGCAGUUCAGAGGAAAUGGUUCAGAUGUCCCAAGUAGCAAGGAUUCUGAUGAGUCAGACGACGAUGAUGAUGAUGAUGAUGAUGAUGAUGAUGAUGAAGAUGAUGAUGGAGAUGAUGAUGAUGAUGAUGAUGAUGAUGAAGAUGAUUCUAAUGACAGUCAAUCAGAGGCCGACAGUGACACAGAGACGGAAACGGAUGGAUCUGACAAUGACAUUAAGGAAGAUGAUGAUCCUGAAACGGAAAAUGAAGAUGACAUUCCUCGUAAAUUCCACAAAGCUAGUCAUACUGCUUCUUGUCAGUCAGCCCACUCUACGACCUGUGAUCCCGGUGUAGUGAAAACUUCAAGGUCGUCAUCUAGUUCAUUGCCCUCAGGAUCUACAUCACACACUUACAGAGGGACUCCGUCAUCUUCAUACGGGCCAUCGACACCAUCUGGUUCAGGUAAAAGAAGAAGAGUCACAGAUGAAAGAGAGCUGCGUAUCCCUUUGGAAUAUGGGUGGCAGAGAGAAACCCGGAUUAAGACUGUCAGUGGCCGUCUUCAGGGAGAGGUGAUUUAUUAUGCUCCUUGUGGGAAAAAACUUCGCCAGUACCCUGAAGUAAUAAAGUACCUUACAAGGAAUGGAGUAACUGAUAUUACAAGGGACAACUUUAGCUUCAGUUCAAAAAUGAGUGUUGGUGACUUCUAUGAAGCCAGAGAUGGGCCUCAGGGUAUGCACUGGUGUCGUUUAAAAAACGAGGAAAUAAUGAUCAAAAUAAAGGCAAUGGAAGGGCGGCGAGGCCGCCCACCAAAUCCAGAAAAACAACGUGCUCGAGAUGAGUCAAAAAUGAAACGUCGCAAAGGCAGACCUCCAAAUAUUGCAAGGCCAGACUUGCAAAAGACCUGCGAUGUAAAAUUGUUGCGAAAAUUGGAAGCUCAAGCCUACGCAAGGAAAGCAGCAGAAUUAAAGAUGUUGCAGAAACUUGAAAAGCAGGCAUUGGCACAACGGGCUAAGGAAGCUAGAAAACAACAAGCAAUAAUGGCAGCAGAAGAAAAGCGAAAACAAAAGGAACAUCUAAAGAUGAUGAGACAGCAGGAGAAAAUCAGAAGAAUUCAGCAGAUUAGGAUGGAAAAAGAACUGAGAGCUCAGCAAAUGUUAGAGGCUAAGAGGAAAAAGAAGGAAGAAGCAGCAAAUGCAAAAUUAUUGGAAGCCGAGAAACGGAUGAAGGAGAAGGAGUUGAGAAGACAACAGGCUGUUCUGCUUAAGCAUCAGGAGUUGGAGAGGCAUAGACUAGAUAUGGAAAAGGAGAGGAGAAGGCAACAUAUGAUGCUCAUGAAAGCAAUGGAAGCACGAAAGAAAGCUGAAGAAAGAGAACGGCUAAAGCAGGAGAAAAAGGUUGAGAAACGUUUAAAUAAAGAACGAAAAUUACAGCAGAAGAAAUUGGAGUUGCAGAUGGCCAAGGAGCUAAAGAAACCCAAUGAAGAUAUGUGUUUGUCAGAUCACAAGCCUCUACCAGAGUUUCUCCCCAUUCCUGGUCUUGUACUGCCUGGAGGUGCCUUUGCUGACUGCCUCAUGGUAGUACAGUUCCUCCACAACUUUGGUAAGGUACUUGGCUUUGAUUUAAGUGUUGAUGUCCCAACUUUGAAUGUACUCCAAGAAGGACUGCUUAACGUGAGUGAAAGCAUGGGAGAAAUCCAAGAUUUGCUGGUGAGACUAUUAAGAGCUGCUAUUCACGACCCAGGACUACCACCAGGAUAUAAGGCACGAACUUUUCUUGGAGACCAUAUCAACAAUGUCAGGAUAAACAAGGACACGGUUUCAGAGAUUUUACAGAUCUACAUGGAGGCCCAUAAUGGACAAACUGAACUUACAGAAAGUUUGAACACAAAACCUUUCCAGGCACACACUCCAGUUCAAAAAGCUUCUGUACUUGCAUUCUUGGUUAAUGAACUUGCAUGCAGCAAGGUUGUGGUAAAUGAAAUUGAUAAAAAUAUUGAUCAUAUGUCCAAUCUGAGAAGAGACAAAUGGAUUGUGGAAGGCAAACUUCGGAAGCUUAAAAUUAUUCAUGCUAAGCGGACUGGGAAGAAGGAGUCAAUUUGCGGUGUGGACAGUAAUGGAGACCAGCGGUUAUUGGGCACACCCACUCCUGGCCGAAAGAGAAAGCGAAAAUGUGGGGAUAGUGAUGAUGACGACGAUGAUGACGAUGACAGCGAUGAUCAGGGCGAUGAUGACGAUGAUGAAGAAGAUAAAGAUGAAGAAAAGAAGGCAAAGAAAAUCGAAAUUGCUGAAGAUGAGGAUGAUGGGGAACAGUUGACUAGUGUGGAGGAAUUGGAGAAACAAAUUGAAAAACUGAGCAAGCAACAAAGCCAGUACCGUAAGAAGUUGUUUGAGGCCUCCCAUUCGUUGCGCGCCAUGACAUUUGGACAGGAUCGCUACAAACGACGCUACUGGGUACUUCCCCAUUGUGGUGGUGUAUUUGUUGAAGGCAUGGAAAGCGCAGAAGGUUCUGAGGAGAUGAUAAAAGAGAGAGAAAAAUUGAAAAAUGCUGACAGUUUGCAGAUUAAAGAAGAGCCACCGGAGCCACCUGAAGAGAAAUUAAGCCGCUCUUGUUCAGCAACUAACUGUGAUGAUUUAUGCAAAAAUGAUUCAAAAGAGAGAAGUAGCACGAACUUGUUCUUACAAAAGCCAGGUUCUUUUUCUAAACUGAGUAAGCUGUUAGAGGUAGCAAAAAUGCCUCCCGAAUCGGAUUUUGUGACUCAGAAACAAAAUGUGAACCAAAUAAAUGCAACACCAACGUCAUCUCCGAGUCAUUGUGUCUCACAGAACUCCAUCUCAAAUUCCCAGCUUACUAUUCGAUCCAGCAACGUGGAAAAGAUAGACUCAUGCGCAAACUUAUUUAACCCACUGAUAGCUGGCACAGGGAAACUCUACAACUCUCCUUUACUCCAAAAUGACCAGUUGCUGAAAGUACUUACAGAGAAAGGUGGACAGUGGUUCAGUCUCUUACCAAGAAUGCCUUGUGAUGAAUCUUCCAUCACCUGCUCAAAUAUGCCUCCAACCUCCUUGCAACAAAUGGCACAAUCGCAACUUAAUUCCCAGUCUUCGUCCUCAUCUCUUUUGGGUUCGGGAUCUCUCCAGAAUCCACUGGGACUCAAUCCAUUUGCAUUAUCAGCACUACAGAUGAAACCAGGGAUACCUCUCAUAGGACUUCCAUUCUGUGGAUGGCCACCUGGAGUACUCAGUCCAAGUAUUGCCUUUUCCUCGCCUGGCCUUGGUAUAGGCUUUGGAUUAACAGAUGGAAAUGUCAAUCCUUUUCUGUUACCCAAUAUUUCUACAGAUGAAUCACCAGCACCACAAAAUGAAAAACCACUGAACAGUGCACCUUGCAUAGUUGAAGUAGCAAAAUCAGUGGAUUAUCCUAGUCCAAGACCAAUCAUAGAAGAAAUGCAGCGAGGCUGGUGGAGAAUUACUGAUCCUGAGGAGCUGAAGACUCUAUUUAAAGUACUUCAUCUCAGGGGAAUAAGAGAAAAGGCUUUGCAGAAACAACUUCAAAAACACAUGGAUUACAUCUGCCAGGCCUGCAUCAGAAGUAAAGAUGUUGCAAUAUUUGAAAUAAGUAAAGACGAUGAAGAAAACCAGGUUACUGAUGCAGCUGUGCAGAACUGGUCAAUAGAAGAUCAAGCAUUUGAAAUUGAUGUAGCUAUUCUUCAGCAAGUUGAAGAGCUGGAGAGGAAAGUAGCAUCGGCAAGUCUGCAAAUUAAGGGCUGGAUAUGUCCGGAGCCUGCUUCUGACAGAGAUGAUCUGGUCUACUAUGAACACAAACCCUUUGAUAUGGAACAGACUGUUGGCCAACAUGCUGGAGACGAAGACGAGGAGAAUGGCAGCAGUAUAGAACGGCGAGAUGGCAACCCUCUAGAUAUAGCUGUAACGAGGCUGGCUGAUUUGGAGAAGAACAUAGAGAGAAGGUAUCUGAAGAGCCCCUUAAGUACCACCAUUCAGAUCAAACUGGAUAAUGUGGGCACAGUUACAGUUCCUGCUCCUGCACCAUCCAAUACAGGUGAUGGUGAUGGAAGUGAUGAAGAUAUUGCCCCUGGAUUAAAAAUGUGGCGGAAAGCUUUGUCUCAAGCUCAUAAUGCUGCACAAGUAGCGAUGUGCCUUCAACAAUUAGAGAAAACAAUAGCAUGGGAGAAAUCAAUCAUGAAAGUCUUCUGCCAGAUAUGUCGAAAGGGGGAUAAUGAAGAAUUGCUACUGCUCUGUGAUGGUUGUGACAAAGGAUGUCACACUUACUGUCACAGACCCAAAAUUACUACUAUUCCAGAUGGUGACUGGUUUUGUCCUGCCUGCAUUGCUAAGGCAAGUGGCCUGUCUCCACGGAGUAAAAAAUUUCUAUAUCGUCCAAGAAAGAAUUAUGAACAGAAGAAGGCCAGGAGGUUAUCCGGAGCUGGUAUUAGUGAUGAAGAGGAGACGGCUAGUACAAGUAGUACCCCAAAGAAGGGAAGCAAAGAAUCCAAAAAACGGAAACUGGAGGAUAGUCCAUCUGUGAACUCGCCCAGGCUGGAGGGCCCGUCACCCAGCAAGAAGUGGAAAAUCAUAAAAGAUAAUAACAAGGAUUUGUCCUUGUGCAGCAUAAUGUUAUCUGAGCUGGAAACGCAUGAAGAUGCAUGGCCCUUCUUGCUACCUGUGAACUCCAAGCUGGUGCCUGGGUACAGAAAGGUUAUAAAAAAACCCAUGGAUUUCUCCACCAUCAGAGAGAAAUUCAGCAGUGGACUAUAUCCUAAUGCUGAAGUGUUUGCUGUGGAUGCCAGACUAGUUUUUGACAACUGUGAAACAUUCAACGAAGAUGAGUCGGACAUUGGCAGAGCUGGUCACAAUAUGAGGAAGUUUUUUGAGAAGCGUUGGGCUGAACUUUUUAAGGGAAGCUAAAGCAAUCAGAUCACAAAGUUAAAGACGUUGAGCCCGGCAGCCUAAAAUACUGGUGUCUUCAUGUAUACGGGGAAGUGCAAGAUUGUUUGCACAAAUCAGCAGAUGUAUCACAUCACUUUUUAAAAUGUGGAAAUACCAGCCAAGGAUUAUUCUGAAAAAGGUUCACUCCUUUGGAGACCGUAGCUCUUGAACUAUGGAAAUGUUUUAUGGACAGCUUCGGUAGAACAGGGAAGCACACCCAAAGAGUUCAGUGGCAUGGGGUGGUCCUAGUGCAAUAGCAACCAAUAUUUCAAAAGCACUGAAUAAAUAUACAACCACCAGAGCUGUAAUAGGGGAAUGAAAAUCCCCUCCCUCACUUAAAAAAAAACAAUAUACGUGGAAGUAAAUGGAAAAAAUCUUGAAUUUCUUUUGUAGCUUAUAUUUUAGUGAAUGUAUUUAAUUUUUGUUAAUUUAUGAAUAAAAUGUCAAUUCUUCAUUUUCUAUGAAAAGGAAGAGGCAGCAAAAUUGCUUUAAAUCUUCAAGGAAAUAAAACAGCGAAUGUUUUUGAAUAAUAAACAAAGCCAAUUGAUAACUGUUUACACUGUUCUGUCCGGGAGGGCACUGGAGAACCUCUUGUUACUGUAGACAUAAAUUUACAGCUCUGCUUAUCAAUGCACCACCUACUUAGUCUCAAAGUAAAUUCAAAAACAAUGGAUCAACAAAGAAACAUCUGUAUAUAAUUGUUCAUUAAUGUUAAUAUUAAUUAAGUCUUGUUCAAAUAUGUAUGAUGUGUACAUAUUGUUUCCAGGCAUUGAAUAUUGUUAUGCCUUAGAAUAACUGUAGCAUUUUAUUUUAGUCUUAAAAUGAUUAUACAUAUAUGGCUUGUACAUAUCCUCUACAAACACUGUGGAGUCUCCUAAUGUUGGGUAGUGCCUGCCUUUAAAACAGGGUGUAGGGGAUAUUAGGUUUUCCAUUUUCUAUUUUUGUUAUAUAAUUUUUGAGCCACUGUGGUCUCAUUCCAAUAUAAUCAUUUGUAUCCAUACAAUAAAUUACAAUUUCCUAUACACAGUAUUUUUCAUAAUGCAUUUCCCUCCAUCUGCCUUGCCACAUAACUUGGUACACAGUGGUAAUUGAAACCACUGUUUAACCACUGUUAAACUACUGUAAGUUGCAGUGGCUUAUUGGGGGCAGCUCAGAUCAGAAAAUUUUGUACCUGAGUCAAAGUACUUGAAGUUAUUUUAUUUAAAUAUGUUGUGAAAAAGGGUAGUUUUCUUUUUUAGGAGCAUUAUUUUUCACUAGUAUGUGUGGCACGGACAUAAUAAAAGGGUGUUUUCCAAA